AGUACACUUGUCAUCCGCCAUUAUUGCCGUCUACUGUCAUAAAUCUGUCAUUGAUUAUUGAAGAAAAGUCGUGAAAAUUGUGGAAAAUGCCGAACAUAAAACUGCGUUCGUCUGACGGGGAAACGUUCGAGGUGGAUGUGGAAAUUGCGAAAUGUUCGGUGACCAUCAAAACCAUGUUGGAAGACUUGGGGAUGGACGAGGAGGAAGAGGAAGUUGUGCCUCUUCCGAAUGUGAAUUCGGCGAUUUUGAAGAAAGUUAUCCAGUGGUCGACUUACCACAAAGAUGAUCCUCCACCGCCCGAAGACGACGAGAACAAGGAGAAGCGAACUGACGAUAUUUCGUCGUGGGACGCCGAUUUUCUCAAAGUGGAUCAAGGCACUUUGUUUGAACUCAUUUUGGCGGCGAAUUACUUGGAUAUCAAGGGGCUGCUGGACGUCACCUGCAAGACGGUGGCUAACAUGAUCAAGGGCAAAGCCCCGGAAGAGAUCCGCAAGACUUUCAACAUCAAAAACGAUUUUACAGCUUCUGAGGAGGAGCAAGUGCGCAAGGAGAACGAGUGGUGUGAGGAGAAGUAAAGUUUUGUUUAUUUAAUUUAGUUUCAAAAUUGCUUUCAUAAUCUCGUGUAAAUUUGGUUUUAAUGUAAUACUCUGAUUUUUUAAUUUAAAUCAAACGCCAUUUCGACCCAACUGGUUGUUUAUUUGCACCUUAACCAAUUGUAGAGUAUUUCUAAUAGGUGUCGGAUAAAAUAUAGUGUAAAACUGUUAAAAUACGCCAUAGUCGUCGCAAGAUCCUGCUUCGUUUCCGCAAAUACGGGCCCCCAUAAAAGCCCCUAUUAAAAUUGCUACAAGAACUAUAGUUACAAGCCCUAACAAGUACAGCCACGUCCUGGAGGAACACAAGGACCAACACCUACAAUUCGGACUGAAUUUGGAAGUUUAGCAAAUCGCAACUAACCCUCGUUUUAUACACUGUUCAUUUCUCUUGAUUUCAUCGUCGACGAAAUUUUCCGACUUUGAUAGUUGAUCAUUCAUUAAUUUUAUAAUUUUGCAUUUGAUGUGUUUGAGUUUCUGUUUUGUUGCCAAAGUAUCACAAUCACAAUCAACAUCGCGGCUCAUUAAAUCGAACUGGAAUUGUAUUAGGAUUAAGAAAAUUCAAUUUGUGAUGUGCAGAUUGAAAAUUAUGACGUUAAGGUGACAUUUUGGGCAGUCAACUUCAAUGCUAUUGUCACAUAGGGACCCUCACUGACCUGGUUUCCCACAAAUUCUAUUUAUUUGUCAGUGUUACACCAGCUAUAACCGAAUUUUGAAUAAAUUGUUUUUUUUAUACAAAA